AUGUCUUGGAAGUCAUUUUCGGGUGAGAAUUUUGGGAUUUCCAUUAAAAUCGAGCUUUUUUUUCUAUUAUUUAACGAGUUCAAACGAAAAUAAGUCAUGAAACAUUUUUAAGAAGCUCAAAUUUGUUCUAAAAAUUCCUUUAUUUCUGAGUGGAAUUUCAAGAAUUUAUUUUUUUCUUUCAAUUUUAAAAAUUUGAAAAUGGGGCUAUAAUGCCGUGUUCAAAGUAAUUUCCGCGAAAUGCAAAAUGGUCUCUGACCCUCCAAAAUUUAGUUAUCUUUCUCUUUCUCUGACGGCUAUUUUGAAUUUCGCGGAAUCACUUUGAACACGGCAUAAGUGUUUGAACUUUUUAAAUUUUCCAUGAAAGGCCUUAAUUUUGCUCCCGUGAGGGCUCGAAACAUUAAAAAAGUCAAUCUGGGCUCAAUUUUCUCGAAUCUUUUCAAUUUUUUUUUUAGUUCCGAUCAUCCUACUAGCCACGUCGAUUGUCUCCAAUUGCACUACAGCAAAAUAUCGUUCGUAUUUUCUAGUUUUUUCGAGAAAAAAAUGUCAAAUUUUGAAGCUUUUUCCUCACCGGAAUGCUGCGAAACGCCGAUUUUCGGAAUCGGACCGGACAGCUGCGGUAAUACGGGAUGUGCGACGUGUAUAAUCGGGGAGUUCAUCGUCAAAAAGCAGGACUCCAACGGGUUCGCCCUGCCAAUGUCCAAGUACCUGAGAUCGGCGUCGCGGAUCGUCCUGGAGGACAUUAAAGACGUCGUCGCGUUCGAAAACCUUCAGACUUUGAUCUAUGACGGCACCGAUUCCGAAUAUUUCCCGGGUAUCUUUCUUCGAAAAAAAAAUGCCUCUCUGUACUGUCUGCACCCUCUUUACUCUCACUGGAGAUCUGAAAAAAAAAUCCUAAAAAUAUCAUAUGAAAGCAAGAGCUUGGGUGAGUAAAACGAGAGUACGAAGAUAUUCUAACUUCUCUCGAGUUUAUACGCUAUUUCCAUGAUCUGUGACCUUUAUGGCGAGGGAAAAGAGAGCGCAGACAGGCCAGACAUGAAAAGGACCACAAUAUAUCGCCUCAAAGCUAGACUCUCUGUUUUGUCUGCGCUCUCUUAUCUCUCAUCGUUGAGCUAAUAGAAUUCUGAAAAUAUCAUAUGAAAGCAAGAGCUUUGCCGAGAAAAGCGAGGGAGCACAGCAAUGAUAAUUUUCUGACUUCUCUGCCCUCUCCCGUUUCUCCACGCUACUUUCAUGUUCUAUGACCUAGCUGGUUAGAGAAAAGAGGGCGCAGACAUUAAAAGGAUCACAAUAUAUCGCCUUAAAAACUCUCUUUUUUGUCUGCGCUCUCUUAUCUCUCAUCGUUGAGCUAAUAGAAUUCUGAAAAUAUCAUAUGAAAGCAAGAGCUUUGCCGAGAAAAGCGAGGGAGCACAGCAAUGAUAAUUUUCUGACUUCUCUGCCCUCUCCCGUUUCUCCACGCUACUUUCAUGUUCUAUGACCUCACCGGCGAGGGAGAAGAGGGCGCAGACAUUAAAAGGAUCACAAUAUAUCGCCUUAAAAACUCUCUUUUUUGUCUGCGCUCUCUUAUCUCUCACUGGAGAUCUAAAAGAAUCCUGAAAAUAUAAUAUGGAGGCAAGAGCUUGGCCGAGAAAAGCGAGGGAGCACAGCAAUGAUAAUUUUCUGACUUCUCUGCCCUCUCCCGUUUCUCCACGCUACUUUCAUGUUCUAUGACCUCACCGGCGAGGGAGAAGAGGGCGCAGACAGGUCAGACAUUGAAAGGAUCACAAUAUUUCGCCUCAAAGCUAGACUCUCUGCUUUUUCUGCGCUCUCUUCUCUCUCAUCGAUGAGCUAAUUGAACCCUGAAAAUAUCAUAUGAGAGCAAGAGCGUGGCCGAGAAAAACGAGAGUGUAGAGAGACUCUCACUUCUCUCGAGUUCAUGCGCUAUUUCCAUGUUCUCUGACCUCACCGGCGAGGGAGAAGAGAGCGCAGACAGGUCAGAAAACUGCAUGAAGGCAUAACACCUGGGGUAUAUCAAUCUUGAACUCCUAAUUUUUAAUACCUUUUUGCGAAAGUCGUUUCAAGCCCGCCGCAAAUUCAUAGGAACCUUUUGGCUUGAUCGUGAUUAAAAAGAUUGCGACGCGACGCUUCGAGCUAGUUUCCUGUUCUCUGACCUUUCUGGUGAGAGAAAAGAGGGCGCAGACAGGUCAUACAUUAAAAAGUUAUCAAUCAACUGCAUGAAGGCAUGACAUCUGGGGUUGAGCUCCUAAUUUUGACACAAUUCCGCGCAAGUCGUUCCAAGUCCGCCGCAAAAUAAUACCAACCUCUUGGAAGUUGCGCUCGACGCUCCGAGCCAUUCCAAGUGCGUCCAAAAAGUCUCAAUUCGUAAUGAAAAGAUCAAUAAACCUGAAUGACAAGGAAACAUUGUAGGAUAUUUCCAGAGCCUCUGAUCCGCAUCCGGAGGACGACCGUCUCGGAAAAGUCAUUCAGCAAACUGGAAAAAAUCGAAGUGAAUCCCUUGAAUCCGUACUGCGAGAAAGGGACCAUCUUCGACAUUGACCGGAUGCAUCCGACGCCGUUGAAAAAACUAAGGGAUCUGGAAAAGGUUUCCGUUUCUUGGCACUUCUAUGAGCCCUUCCCUAAUCUUAUACUGGAAGAGCAAAAGGUAGAGUUAUUGGAGUUUGAUGAAACUUCGUACAGAGGUACUUUAGGACCUUCCGAAUCUAAAAAAGUUGAGGGAAAGGGCGCUUUUUUGGUUCUAGCUGAGUUAUUGCACCUCGAAGUUUACACACAAAAAGCUGCAUUGGAUGGAAGGAGGAGAUGCCAUAACUCGACUAGAACCAAAAAGACACACUUUUUUCAACUUCUUUGGAUUCAGAAGGUCCUAAACUUACUCUGAACGAAGUUUCAUCCAAUUCCAAUACCUCGAUCUUUUGCAAUUCUCAUGUUAGUAUCAAAAAUGUCCAAAAUGCCAGACUGAAAUUUUCAAGUUUCUCGCAAAAAAAAAACCUUAUCUUGUGGUUUUAAUCGAUGAAACUUCGUACAGAGGUACUUUAAGACCUUCUGAAUCUAGAGAAAGUGAGCGCAUUUUUGGUUCUAGCUGAGUUAUGGCACCUCAAAGUUCAUACCCAAAACAAUCAUUGGAUGAAAGGAAAAAAUCGGGGUAUUGGGUUGGGAUGAAACGUCGUUCAGAAGUACUUCAGGAUCUCCUGAAUCCAGAGAAAAUCGAAAAAGGGUGUUUUUGACUCUGGUCGAGAAUUAUCAAUGAAUUCACUUUUUUUUUGUGUUUUUUUUGGGCGCCAUAACUCGACUAGAACCAAAAAGGCGAAUUUUUUUUUAAAUAUUUCGAAUUCAAAAAGUCCUAAAGUAUCUAUAUACAAAGUUUCAUCUAAUUCCAGCACCUUGACCUUUUUCAAUUCCAGCAUUAGUAUUGAAAAUCUCCAAAUUUCCUAACUCAACCCAAAAUUUUUAAGUUUCCAGCCAAAAACCCUUACUUUUUGGUUCAAACUUCACGGUCUUACUCUCAGAAGUUUGGUCUAAUAAAGUUUUCAAAUUCAUAACCAAAACACCCUUACUCCUCUAUAAACUUCAAAUUUAAGUUCAAAAUACUCUUUACAAUUCAAAGUUUCAAUGCAAAGGUUUAAGAGACUAAAAAAUACCUAAGUUCCUAGAAAAUUCUUUAAUUUUGGUCAAGACAACAGGUUUUGAACUAUAACUCUUUUUAAUAAAUUUAGAUUUCUAGCUCAAAAUGCUCUUUCAGGGAUCUUAUCAUCUUGCUCAAUUUGAGCGUAAGUCGUUUUGAGUCGGGUGAACCCAUAAAGAUUCUAAAAAUCAAUAAAAAAGACGAAAAUGGAGCUUUCCUGAUCAUUUGCGCUCCAUGGACAAGUCUCCAGUUGCUUAAUAAUUAACGAUUAUAUAGACCGCAAGUCGUUUUAAGUCGGAUGCACCCAUAAAAAUCCUAAAAAUCAUCAAAAGUUAGACGAAAAUAGAGCCCUUUUCUGAUCAUAUGCGCUCCAUGGACAAGUCUUGAUUUUCCAGAAAAUCUUGCAAGCGUGUACGACAAAACAGCCACCGCCUUGCUUACCUUUCAUUCAAACUGGAUUAAUCGAUAAAAGUUCAAACGUGACGUUCAAAUUGAAGCCGGAAGGGGAGAAGGAGAAGAGUGAUUGCGAGGACUGCAAUUGCGAAGGUAAGACUUUUUUUUGGAUUCAUUCAAAAAUCGAGAAAGUAUGAUCCUUGGUAACGUAACCCGGACGUGUCGGAGUAUUCCUAGUGACCACUUUAGAGCCGUCAGAACUCUUAAGUGAUCCCUAUAGAUGCUGAGACACGUCCGGUUCGCGAAAAAUAAAUAUUGAAGCAAAAAUCUGCUUUUAAAAGUACCCCAGAGUCGUUUUGAAUGAACUAUGAGGCAAUGAAACUUAAAGUGGCCCCUAGAGGGAUCAAGGGUUUCGCUGUUCCCAAUAGACAGCUUGUAUUGCUUUUUAUAAAUUUUAAAAUUUGUCAGAAAGAGUUGCCCUUGAACCUUUGUAACGCAAACCGGACGUGUCGAAGCAUUCCUAGUGACCACUUUAGGGACGUUAAACUCUUAAGUGAUCCCUAGAGCUGCUGAGACACGUCCGGUUAGCGUUACCGAGGUCCAAGGAAACAAGUAAACCUUUGAAAAAAAUCUUGGACCAAAAAUGCGCUUUUGAAAAUACCACGGAGUCGUUUUGAAUGAACUAUAAGGUGCUAGAAUUGUAAGUGGUCCCUAGAGGGAUCAAGGGCUUUUCUCCUCCCAAUAGAAAACUUGUAUUGCGAGAGCGAGAAGGAUUUCCGAAAAAUUUUUAAAACUAGGCAGAAAGAGUUGCCCUCGAACCUUUGUAACGCAAACCGGACGUGUCGGAGCAUUAUUAGUGACCACUUUAGGGCCGUCAGAACUCUUAAGUGACCCCUAGAAAUGCCUGGAACAAUGGAGCGUCUGAUUAGCUUCACUGAGGUCCAGGGAAACAGGUAAGUUUUAAUCAUAGCGCAAAAUGGGCUUUUAAAAGUACUACGGAGUCGUUUUGAAUGAACUAUGAGGUGCUAGAUUUGUAAGUGGUCCCUAGAGGGAUCAAUAGCUUUGGGCCGUCAGAACCCUCAAGUGGUCCCUAGAACUUUUGGACAAGUCUGGGAUACUUAUCAAGUUCAAAUAUAAAUAAAAUAAUAGCUAUUAUCCAUGGAGCGCAAGUACAAAAUAACUCGCGGCUGUUUUUUCUCACCUAACUUUUUUUUUCGAUGAAAGAUUAGAUCAUUUAGGAACGAUAAUGCUGGCGAUGAUCUCGAUUUGCUGGGUUUUCGUCACUCUGGGCAUUGGAUCAAUGGUUUUUAUGUGCAUGCAAGCUAAAAAAGCGGAAAAACGAUCAGAGUCGGUCAGUUUUUCUAAGUGCGCCCGACCAGCCUCGACUUUCGCUUUAGAGCCAUGGGAGUACAGAUGCCUAGGCCAUGAGUCUACCACUUUAACAAGUUUUUGUCCUAUUUGA